AUGGCCAUCGGAGUACCUCGUGGUCGACAUGCAUUGGCAGUCAGUGCCGUCUUCACCUCUCUGGCCACCGUGCUCACAAUAGUACGCAUCUAUACUAGAGCAUUUAUGGUGAAACAGAUGGGAGGAGAUGACUGGACAAUUAUCAUAUCUCUCGCUUUCAGUUGGGCCUUUUUUGGUCUCUUCGUUGGAGAGACUGCCUAUCUUAUGGGUGAACAUUUUGUACAAAUUCCGCCGGAAACAUUGACAAAGCAAAUGAUCUGCUUUUGGGCCUCAGUCCCCAUUUACCAAGCCAGCCUCAUCACCACGAAAGCAUCAAUUCUUUUACAGUACAAACGUGUCUUCUCUACCCCUCGCAUGCGCUUGACGUGCUACUGCUUAAUCGGAUUUCUCGGCAUAUGGGGGACAUGGACAUUUGUCAGCGCAUGGCUCAACUGUAUCCCAGUCGCAAAGUUCUGGAACGACAGCCUUGAUGGCCACUGUUUGAACAAGAAGGCCUUAUGGUUCUCUAAUUCCGGAAUCCAUAUCUUCACCGACAUCGUCCUUUUGGUAUUCCCCAUGCCGGUGCUCAGGAGUCUUCAACUACCUCGACGACAGAAGGUUGCUCUCAUGGGAGUUUUCGCCCUUGGUGCUUUUGUCCUUGUUACCAGUAUUCUUCGCCUACAAAGUCUUCUGGUUAUCUCAGACUCAAAGGAUCCAACAUACGACAACCCAGGUGCAGCCACUUGGUCUGCAAUCGAAUGUAAUGUCGCCAUCAUUUGCGCCUGUCUCCCUGCAACCCGCGCGCUCAUUUCCAAACUUAUACCCCGAAUCUUCUCCACCGGUAAAAGCAAGAACACCACAAACCCCUAUCUCAACCAAGGCACCCGCAGUCGAAACACGAAUCUCCCCGGCUUCCAGGCGUCCGUUGCAGCAGGAAGCAGGAACGACCCGACAGAAUAUCAUAUGAGUACGUUCGGCAAACGUAUCGAAUCCGACGAAGCUCUUUCCUCCUCCCCGCCGACUGAAAUCAAGGUCACUACAAAGAUCUCGCAAGAAUCAGUGUUACAUCAACCAGAUGAUUGUUCAAGUCUAAGAGGCUUGAUUAAGGACUAA